AUGAACUGUACCGCCUUCUACUUUGCAAUCAGAGAUGAUACUUGCGCUAAAAUUGUAAGCAGAGACGGCACCUUCACUGCCCAGAACUUUGUAUCGUGGAACACAGCUGUUGGUGAUGACUGCAGUGGUCUCUGGGCCGACACUUACUACUGUAUUGGCGUUCCUGGGACACCUACUACACAUCCUGCUACGAGCACUACUAAGCCUACAACGACUGGUAACGGCGUCUCGACACCUCUUCCCACGCAGCCUCCGGACAUGGUAGUAAACUGUAAAAAGUCCCACUUCGCGGCCAAAGGCGUGGUGUGCAGUCAGCUUACCAGCUACAACAAAAUCACCUUAGCUGACUUUGUGAAAUGGAACCCAGCUGUUGGGUCAGACUGUAGGAGCAUGUGGGCUGAUACUUACUUCUGUGUCGGGGUUUGA